AUAAUUGCUAGCUUGAUAGCAGCGAGAGAAAGCUACUUGUAAGCAGAUACACAAAGGGAGAGUGGAAGGAUCUGCAGCUAUGGGGAUCAAACUGUACUACACCACCGUUACUGCCUCACGGACGGUGAAGUCUCAGCAGGCGGAAGUGAUACGAGUCCUCGAAAGUAAAAGCAUCCAGUACGAGCUCAUCGACAUCUCUGUGGGCGGGGAGCUCCGCGACGAAAUGAGAAGCAAAGCAGGCGACCCGACGGCGGUCCCUCCGCAGCUUUUCAAUGAAGACCAGUACUGUGGGAACUAUGAAAUGUUUUCUGAGGCGGUGGAAGCGGAUACAGUGGAACAGUUUCUGAAGCUGGCGUGAGGAUGACGGAGUGGAAUUCUCUACCUAAACUCCCACUUCCCCACCCAUCCCUUGCCCUAUCAAGAGGCCCGUUGCCCAGUCUCUCUCCCUCUGCACCACUAGCAGUGACCACCCACUUUCAAUGCCAUAAUGAAGAAUGCCAAAUAUCAUGAAUCCUACUAAUCAGUAAACACACAUUCCCCCUAUUGCACCAUUACACUUUGAAUCAGUCUUACUCUCUUUUUUAUGUCUUUUUUUUUUUUUUCCCCCCAUUUGAUUUCUUAGAGCUUUUCUCUCCAUCUGACAGGCUAGUGUUAAUGCUCCUGGUCCAUUAGGAAUCAAUGGGCUGCCUGAAUAUGCGGUAAUUAGGUCGACUAAUCUUGGCUGUGGCCAACUGAUCGCUGGAGAUUAAACUAAUCCACUGGAUGGCAACAUUUAACCCAGAAUCUUCCUGGCCGGGCAGGCAGACCAAGCACACCAUCAUCCAUCAGUCUUAACUGCUUUGGCGUCUUAUUCUGUAGCCUUCAGGUUCCCAUGUUGUACAUCGCAGCACAUUGUUUACACUUCACAUGGAUGCAAAUGUACACCUAAGUAGCAAAUCCAAUUAUUUAGAAUUACAGCAGCUAAAAGACGGCGUUUAGGUGAAGGCAGCUUUUGGUAACUUUGGUCCAUCGAUCUCUUUAUGCAGGAUGGGAUCUGACCCAUUUAGAGGAACAGUGCCACCAGAAAUCGAGUGCAUUCCCCCCCCCCCC